AUGAGUCUUUAUCUUUGUCUUUGGUUUUCUGUUGCUGUGGCAGUUAACCCGCCUUUGGGUACGCAUCAGCUGUUGGAGUAUGACGUGGAUCUGGAAGCCAGUCCACUGGAGCGUUACGCCAACGUCUACUUCGAUUUCCUGCAGCGCCGCGGUGAACGCGGCCUGAAAGCGUUCCAAGAAACCUAUCAGGCGUGGCAUGCUCGGCUACGCUCGGCUUUGCCAGAGAUCUUCGGUGCGAACGAGACGCAGAAGCAGCAGAGAUGGUGGGAGGCGUUGCGCAGGGGGCACCCCGUGGCCGCCGCCGAGCUGUAUGGCCUGUCACAGCGGCUCGGAAGCGACGUGGCAGGCGACGUGGCAGCGCUGGCCACUGCGGUGUCCCUCUACCCGCUGCUGAUCAUUUCGCCCAAGGCCCUCACGGACGCGCCUGGGGCUCCUGGGCGGCCUUCAGCAUGCACCAGCUCUCUGUUGUCGUAUGGAGGCCUGGUCUAUCAUGGUCGUUCCCUGGACUUUGAGCCUCGGGAUCCUAUUGCAGAGACCACGGUGGUGGUGCGACACAAGUGGCGUGGAGAGGCCCAGUACACCUGUCUGCAGCCCUUGGUUUGGACCACGGCCUUGCAAUGGUUCACCUGUGUGCGACCGAAGGCCUUUUCCUUGUCCGUCAACGCGCGUGCGCAGGGCAUUUACAUGGAGAGCAACUCAUCGUUUGAGGAACUCUUAAGGCGAGUUGGAUCUGGAGCAUACCUGCUAGGUGAGAUUGCCGAAGAAGCUAUGGCGGCCAAAAGCUAUGACGAAGCCUUGCAGAUCUUGAGUCUUGCUCCGGUGGUGUCGUCGAAUUAUUUCAUCCUGGCCGGGGUCGAUGGGCAAGGAGCUGUGAUCACUCGUUUCGGGAAUUCUUCGUCUGCUGAUGUAUGGAGCCUCGAUUCCUCCAAGGUAACCUGUGACGGACAACCCCCCUGGCUCCGGGUGCAGACCAAUGUGGAUCAUUGGGUUCCAUUUGGUGAGAAUUACGCCACACAUCGUCGGCAACAUUUGGUGAACAUGCUCACAAGCAGCUCUGGUGUUCCCAGCAAAGAUCAAUUUCUUCAAGCAUAUUUCGUGUCCAACGCUCUGGAAGGUUCCGAAAAUCGUACCCAACCAGAAGAUACUGGUGCCAUUUUGCGGCCCACCACCAUUGCCACCAUCAUCCUGAAUCCGAGUGAGCAGCCUGACAUGCGGGACUGGUAUAUUUGGAACGAAUCGGCCAAAAUCUUGCCUCCUGUGUCUGAACAGGUUAUUUAA